AUGGGUGAAACCAGAGAGAAGAGGAACUCUCAGAAUGGGAGCCUCUCACAGCACAGCAGAGACUCUGAAAUGAACCCAAACGAAAAGGAGCCCAAAGCAGCAGUUCUCCACAAAAACGUCGGACUGAUCAGCGGGAUCUCCCUGAUCGUUGGGACCAUGAUCGGAUCGGGAAUUUUCAUCUCUCCCAAAGCGGUGCUGGAGGGUACAGGGGCAGUGGGGCCCUGUCUGUGUGUUUGGGCAGCAUGCGGAGUCCUGGCCACUCUGGGGGCCCUGUGUUAUGCGGAGCUUGGCACAAUGAUCACCAAGUCCGGCGGAGAAUAUCCCUAUCUGAUGGAGGGUUUCGGCCCGAUCGUCGGCUACCUGUACACCUGGACGACCGUUAUCGUCUUAAAACCUUCAUCGUUUGCCAUCAUCGCCCUCAGCUGUGCGGAGUACACCACUGCACCCUUCUACCCAGGAUGCACGCCUCCCCCGGUCACCGUCAAAUGUCUGGCAGCCGUCGCUAUCUUGCUGAUCGUAUUAGUAAACUGCCUGAGUGUGAAACUGGCCAGCUAUGUGCAGAACUUCUUCACCGCGGCCAAACUCCUCAUCAUCAUCAUCAUCGUGGUGGCAGGGAUCGUCCUGUUGGCACAAGGAAACACACAGAAUUUAAAGGACACAUUUAAAGGGGCAUCCACCUCCUUUGGCUCCAUCGGGCUGGCCUUCUACAACGGGCUCUGGGCCUAUGACGGCUGGAAUCAACUGAAUUUUAUUACGGAGGAACUAAAAAACCCGUACAGGAACCUUCCCCUGGCCAUAGUCAUUGGUAUCCCCAUGGUGACUGUGUGCUAUGUGCUGGUGAACAUUGCUUACUUUACUGUCAUGACGCCCUCUGAGCUGUUAAACUCCCCCGCAGUGGCUGUGACUUUUGGUGACAGAGUUCUCUACCCCCUGUCCUGGCUGGUACCUUUGUUCGUGGUUUUCUCCACAUUUGGUGCUGCCAACGGGAGCUGCUUCACAGCGGGCAGGCUGACGUAUGUGGCAGGACGGGAGGGCCACAUGGUGAAGAUCCUGUCCUACAUCAGCCCCAAAUACUACACCCCGUCUCCGGCACUCAUCUUCAAUGGUAUUCUUGGCAUCAUCUACAUCUUGCCUGCAGACAUCAACACUCUCAUUAACUACUUCAGCUUUGCCCAGUGGAUUUUCUAUGGGCUCACUGCUCUGGUUCUAAUCGUCAUGCGCUUCACCAGAAAAGACUUACACAGACCUGUCAAGGUGCCUUUGAUCAUUCCAGCCUUGGUGGUCAUCGUGUCCUGUUACCUAGUGCUGGCCCCCAUUAUAGACCAGCCAGCAUGGGAGUACCUGUACUGUGCCAUUUUCAUGUUCAGCGGCUUACUGCUGUACUAUCCCUUUGUCUACCACAAGUUCGGCUGGACGCGCCGUGUCAUGAGACCAAUCACCAUGCAUCUUCAGCUUCUCAUGGAGGUCGUCCCCCCUGAAAAGACAGAAUGA